AAGGGACGUUGUUUUAGAGAGAGAGAGAGAAGUAAUUAACAAAAAAGCUGUCAGUGCCAAAAGAAUCCGACAUUUAUUUUCCCCCACUCGUGUGCCUCUCGGCUUUCGGCCUCUCACCUCCUCCCAUUUGGAUUUACCCCUCGCCCAAAGCCAUGGCUCUCUAUUUAACACCCAUCUGCAUGCACCCAUACAUCAAAUUGUUACUGUAUGAUUUCGUCCUCUGUAGGAAAUUCCUUUAAUGGAUUUUCUGCUCUCACUUCUCUGCUCUCUCGGCCUCUCCGCCGUCUUUCUAUUGCUCCUUCGGCAGCUCCGUUGCCGGGUGCUGCGGCUUCCGCCAGGCAGCCUCGGGCUGCCCUUUAUCGGUGAGACCCUGCAGUUAAUCUCCGCCUAUAAGAGCGACAACCCGGAGCCUUUCAUCGACCGACGGGUGAAGCGCUAUGGUGCCAUCUUCACGACCCACGUGUUCGGUGAGCCGACUGUGUUCUCGGCUGACCCGGAGAUGAACCGGUUCAUUCUCCUCAACGAAGGGAAGCUCUUCGAUUGCAGCUAUCCCGGUUCGAUCUCCAGCCUUCUGGGGAAGCACUCCUUACUCCUCAUGAAGGGCUCUCUCCACAAGAGAAUGCACUCCUUCACAAUGAGCUUCGCCAACUCCGCCAUCAUCAAAGAACAUCUUCUCGUCGAUAUAGACCGUCUUAUCCGGCUCAACUUGGAUUCCUGGAAAGACCGCGUCUUUCUCAUGGAGGAGGCCAAGAAGAUAACGUUUGAGCUGACAGUGAAGCAGUUGAUGAGCUUGGAUCCAGGGGAAUGGAGCGAGGGUCUGAGGAAAGAGUACGUUCUGGUGAUAGAAGGAUUCUUCACGCUCCCCGUACGUCUCCUCUCAACCACAUACCGCAGAGCCAUAAAGGCCAGAACCAAGGUGGCGGAGGCGCUCGCUGUGGUGGUGAGGCAGAGGAGGAGACAGACCGAGACGGGACAGAAAAUGAUGAACGACAUGUUGGGGGCACUGUUAGCCUCCGGCGACCGCUUCUCCGACGAUCAAAUUGUUGAUUUCAUGCUGGCUCUGCUCAUCGCCGGCUACGAAACUACCUCCACCAUCAUCACUCUCGCCGUCAAGUUCCUCACCGACACCCCUCUUGCCCUGGCGGAGCUCAAGGACGAGCACGAUCAAAUCAGAGCAAAGAAGAGUGACCCGGAAGCAGCUUUAGAGUGGACUGAUUAUAAGUCAAUGGCAUUUACUCAAUGCGUUGUUCACGAGACUCUGAGGGUGGGGAACAUAAUUAGUGGCAUAUUCAGGAGGGCAAUGACCGACGUAAACGUGAGAGGAUACACAAUUCCGAAGGGAUGGAGACUGUUUGCAUCGUUCCGGGCGGUCCAUCUAAAUUCGCAACAUUUCAAAGACGCCCGCUCCUUCAAUCCAUGGAGAUGGCAGAGCAACUGGGAAGCAGGAGGAGGAAGCCCGGGGAAUGUGUAUACACCGUUCGGAGGAGGGCCCAGGAUGUGUCCUGGCUUCGAGCUCGCCCGAGUCGUCGUCUCUGUCUUCCUCCACCGCUUUGUCACCCAAUUCAGCUGGGCUGUGGCGGAGGAAGACAGGCUGGUGUUUUUCCCAACCACUAGGACGCAGAAGAGGUAUCCGAUCAUAGUGAAGCGUAGAGAUGAGGGCACCGAAUGAAGUGGAGAGUUUCAAGUUGUAGACGAGGCAUCCAAUUAUCUAUCACCUAUUUCAUGUAACAUCAUCACUAUUAUCAUUACGCUAGUUUUUAUUA